GACCCAGAUUCAGAGGUAGUAGUGUUUGCAAAAAGAACAGUAAAAGACUUAAAGCUUCCUCCGGCAUUUGUUACGCAGAUUGCUCAGUCCAUUCAAUCACAGUUGGCGGAAUUUCGAUCAUUUGAAGGACAAGAUAUGUAUACUGGCGAGAAAAUUGUCCCAAUCAAGCUCGAUCUUCGAGUGAAUCAUACUCUCAUAAAGGACCAGUUUCUGUGGGACUUGAACAACUUUGAGAGUGAUCCUGAAGAAUUUGCGAGAACCUUCUGCCAAGAUUUGGGAGUUGAAGACCCUGAAGUUGGACCUGCAAUUGCCUUUGCAAUUAGGGAACAACUUUACGAGAUUGGUGUUCAAAGUGUAGCUUCAGCAAAAGAAACCAGAAUAAACAAGAAAGGUCGCAGAGGGACUGAUCAAUUUCCACUCAGUAAGGCAAACGGAACUGCGUUGGACUUGAUGAAGUUAUUUGGCAACAGAUCAACUGUUAUUCGGAAACGAAGGGAGUGGGAUGUAUAUGAGCCCAUUGUGGAUCUUCUGUCGAAUGAGGAGGUGGAUGCACUUGAAGCAAGAGAAGAAAAGAGCGGUCGAUGAAGUGGCAUGGUGGUUAAGAUAUGCCUGCCUAGAGACAUUUUGGAGGAGUAAAACUGUCGUUUAUUUUCAUUCUUUAUGGGAAAAAUCAUAAGAUACAAUUCUGUUGUUGUCUUAAUGGUCAUCUUUGUCUCUAGAAAAGCCAGGAAUGAUGUCACAAUAUGCAUGGGUUGCCUGUUGAUCUCAUAUUGUGGUGACUACUUGUCUAUAGGAAUAAUGCCUAUGCAUUUAUGUUAUAAUUCUUUUGCUUGUCUGUU